AUGUCGCAACCUCGCAUUUUCACCAAAUCAAAUUUGGUUUACAUACCGCUGUCAGUAACGACCGCUCACACAUUAAAUUUCAUAUUUAAUUCUCCAUUAUCAACAUGGCAAGAAUUUCCUCCGAAAUUACCUACCUCAGUAUAUUCUUCAAUAUUUCUUACUUCAUUUUUAUUGUUUUUAUCACUUUCAUUUGAACCAAUUCCAAUAAGAAGACGAUUUUAUACUUUAUUAUCGAUCGCUCUUAUAUAUAUCUCAAUUCCAAUAAGUUUUCGCGGAUUGCAUACUCCUAAACUUCACAAUAUUUUUGUAAUUUAUGGAGCGGCGUUUGGAUUAAAAAUGUUUUUAUUCUUAAAAUAUAAUUGGUCAUACUUGAAUCAAGAAGGUUCGAAUCAAAAGGAAGAAUUUAGGUCAUUUCUCUGGAAAAUAUUUAAUUGCCGUUUUAACUCUUACAUAAUUCCUCCAAAAAAGGAAAAUUCUGACGAAAAAGAAAAUUUCUUGAAGAUUCCAUCACCUACAACUUCACAGAUUAACAAAAAAAUAAUUUAUCGCACCCUAAUUGCCUUUACAAAAUGUCUUAUUCUUGAACUUACGAUUUUCAUUGCAACUAAAUAUACAAUGGUAAUUCCAGAGAAACCAUAUCAACUUCGUUUAAUAGAAUUUUUUACAAAAGGAAUCCCUGCUUUUACAAUACCUUUAAUGUUACAAUACCUAAAUUUCCUUUUAAGUGUAUACAUAAUGCUUUCCGUAUAUGCCUACGAUAUAUACACUAUUAUUAGUGCAAUCUUCUACCGUUUGUUCCUUCAUUCCUCAUCUGAAGAUAUCUAUUAUAAACCAAUUUUAAUUAAAUUUGGCCUUCUCACUCCUUCCGAGUAUGUCACCCUAAAAGAAUGGAUGAUCAUAUUCCUUUUCAAUACAAAACAUUUGUUUAGUGAACCAUGGAUGGCAUCAAGUCCUCGUGACUUUUGGUCUACUCGUUGGCAAUUAAUGAUUAAUGAAAGUUUCAAAGAAUUAGGUUUUUUGCCAGUUAAAAAUGUACUCGCUCCAUUCGUUCCAAAGAAAAUCGCAAAUAUGAUGGGCGUGUUAGGUGCAUUCGGUGUUAGAGCUUUAUUGCAUGAAUACCUUAUUAUCGGACAAUUUGAUCUUUGGACAGGUGAACACGCAUUUUUCUUUAUGAUCCACGGUGUCAUAUUCAUCUUGUGGGAAGCUAUUUUUGGUUGUGAAAACAAAAAUGAAAAUUCAAAAAUUAAAAGGUUCUUAAAAUGGCUCUUAUUGUUGAUUGUCAAUUUGUCUGUUUUGCCAGCAUUCAUUGAACCUUUAAGAAGACGACCUGAGAUUUUUAAAAUUCCUUCAUAUAUUGCUAAAUAUUAUUAA